GGCGUAGCCUCAAUGAUGCAGAACAAGGUGUAUGACAUCUGUGAUGAAGGUCACAGUGGCGUAAACCAGCUUGGUGGUGUGUUUGUUAAUGGUAGACCGCUGCCGGAUUCCACCAGGCAGAAAAUAGUUGAACUUGCUCACAGUGGUGCUCGACCCUGCGACAUCUCCAGGAUACUGCAGACCCAUGAUGAAGUCCAAGUGCUGGACAGUGACAAGGUAUCCAACGGCUGCGUGAGCAAGAUCCUGGGCAGAUAUUAUGAAACUGGCUCCAUAAGACCGAGAGCAAUAGGCGGCAGCAAGCCCAGGGUCGCCACUCCGGAGGUGGUCGCGAAAAUCGCGCAGUACAAGCGGGAGUGUCCGUCUAUCUUCGCGUGGGAGAUCCGCGACAGACUUCUGUCGGAGGGGAUCUGCACCAACGACAAUAUACCCAGUGUAAGUGUAUUGACUGUGUCAUCGAUAAACAGAGUCCUCCGCAACCUGGCUAGUGAAAAGCAACAGAUGGGCGCAGAUGGCAUGUAUGACAAGCUGAGAAUGCUCAACGGUCAGACAGGAACUUGGGGGACCCGGCCCGGCUGGUACCCCGGAACAUCAGUGCCAGGGCAGCCCAACCAAGAUGGCUGCCAACAACAAGACGGUGCAGGAGAAAACACAAACUCCAUCAGCUCGAACGGCGAGGAUUCAGAGGAGACACAGAUGCGACUCCAGCUCAAGAGGAAACUACAGAGAAAUCGCACGUCCUUCACACAGGAGCAAAUUGAAGCUCUGGAAAAAGAAUUUGAAAGAACUCAUUAUCCAGAUGUUUUCGCGCGUGAGAGACUAGCAGCGAAAAUCGACCUGCCCGAAGCGAGAAUACAGGUAUGGUUUUCAAAUAGAAGAGCAAAGUGGAGGCGAGAGGAGAAGCUGCGGAACCAGCGCCGUCAGGCCAACAACUCCUCCAGUCACAUUCCCAUCAGCAGCAGCUUCAGCACCAGCGUCUACCAGGCCAUCCCACAGCCCACUACACCGGUGUCUUUCACCUCGGGGUCAAUGCUGGGUAGACCUGACUCUGCACUCACAAACACCUACAGUGCGCUGCCCCCCAUGCCCAGCUUCACCAUGGCAAACAAUCUACCUAUGCAACCCAGCCAGACCUCCUCUUAUUCCUGCAUGCUGCCUACCAGUCCGCCUGUGAACGGGCGGAGCUACGAAACAUACACGCCCCCUCAUAUGCAGGCACAUAUGAACAGCCAAUCAAUGACCACUUCUGGUACCACCUCAACAGGACUCAUCUCUCCUGGAGUGUCUGUCCCUGUCCAAGUCCCAGGGAGCGAGCCUGACAUGUCUCAGUACUGGUCAAGACUACAGUAG